GAGACGAUGCUACGUCUGGCAUUGCCAAGGCUCAUCCUGCUCAGGGUCCUGGUCGCGCAAAGCGCCGCGCACACAAAUGACCACUGCUCCUGCCACAGCGUGAAGUCCAAGACUUUCACGCGACUCAUGUUCGAGCGCGGGUUCCGCGCGGCGGCGGCGCAUCGCGCCCCGAGCAAUCUCAAGCUCUCGCCGCCGCCGCGGCGCGACCUGAUGAAGCCGGUACUCGAGGAGCUCUGGCGCUCGCUCCGAGCGGAGCGACGACAGGUCACGACCGCCGAUGGCGCGGCGCGAGAACUGGCGCGAGCCCUGAAUGAGACGGGCGAUUGGGUCUUGGUCUACAAUAAUAGAGUUUACGUGCCGACUGAGUUUUAUCACGCCGCAGACCAUGCUCGCCACGUGACGAUGAUCCGCGAGUCCGCGGCGCUCCUUGGUCUGCCGAACGCUAUCUACGCCGUAAACACGGGAACCCGCGGACCAAGCGGCUGCAACGGCCGGCCCGUCUCGCUCACGAUCAACAAACAGUCAGGCUACGAACAGUGCGGCGUUCUCAUUCCAAACAUUUUUUUCGAUAAUACCCACGGCUCUUUGAUACGGUGGGCACGGGAGACCGAGGCGGUGUCGCACGACGCCGUUCCGUUCCGCGAGCGGCGCCCCGUUGCGUUUUUUCGUGGGUCGCUCCACCACGAUACGUGGGAUACCGAUGAGGCCUGCGCUUCUACGGCAUUUGGCAACUACGCCCGCCUGCAAGCCUUCGCCGCUGCGGUGGAGCAUCCGGACCUCGUCGACGCCGCCUGCGUUGACGGCGGCGAUACAAAAACGAAGUGUCGCGUGCCGCCGCCGCAGUGCGUUGGUUCCGUGGAGGACUAUAACAGCGGCCUCGCGGAGGGCGAGGACGUGCACGGAGAACAUGCACGCUUCGACACGUUCCGGCGCUCGAAGUACUUGCUCCUGCUACCUGGUGCGUUCACUGGCUCCUAUUCCAAAAACGCCAACCACUUGUGCGAACAGUGCCCGCUGUGCUUUUCCCUAACUCCUCACUGGUUGAUUUACACAUAGGUGGCGAACUGGCGGUGUCGUAUUGCGGUGGGUCGCCCCGUACGUCGAAUGGUACACUCCAGCGCUCGUGCCUGGCGCCAAUUAUCUCGACGUGUCGCGCCACUCCGUCGCCGAAACGGUGCGCGCGCUCGAGGCAAAUCCGGCGGCGGCGGAGGCCAUCGGGAGGGCAGGACGGGAGAUACACGAUCAAUUACUAUGUCCUCUGUGCCUCGCUAAUUGGUUGAGAACGACGCUCGAAGCGUACCACGAGCACCUGGGUUUAGAGCUCGUGCUCGGCCAUCCAGCAGAAGCAUCAAAAUUCUUCCGCGCACAUCUCCCCUGCGACCGCAUGAUCGAGGUGAUGCGGGAAGGGCAUCCUCGCGCGCGGCCGAUGAACGCCGACGACCCGUUCCAUCCUUGCCGUCGGGGCGGACCAUUGGCGAACGGGAGCUGGUGGUCGGCGGACCACGCGGCGGCGUCGGAGCAGCUCCGGCAGGCCGAAGCGGGCGAGGCGCCGCUCGGAGGGACGGCUCGAAAGCAUCUUGGUCUGAGCUAACAAUUUUUCGAUCC